GCUCACUCCUACCAAUACUCCUUCAACCCGAAUCCCUCAUGGAGCAGCAUGUAUUCGCCCGCCUCGGAAAUCCAAGCCUACCUCGCUGCUACCGUGAAAAAGUACUCUGUAGACCGCUACAUCAAGCUUUCGCAUGAGAUAAAGUCAUGCACCUGGGAUGCUGGCACUGCAAAAUGGAAAGUCACAGUCAAGGAUCUGGAGGCAGAGAGGACGUUUGAGGAUCAAGGUGAUGUAUUGAUCAUGGCAAGAGGAGGUCUGAAUCACAUUGCGUGGCCCAAUAUCGAUGGAUUGAAGAGUUUCAAGGGUGAGGUGAUGCAUAGUGCUAAUUGGAAGCAAGACUACGACUUCACCUCGAAGCGCAUCGGCAUAAUCGGCUCAGGCAGCUCAGCAAUCCAAAUAAUCCCUUCCCUUCAACGCCUUGCCAAAACACAACUCUCCUGCUUCAUACGCAGCCGCACCUGGAUCUCUCCUCCCUUUGGCCAAUCCAUCCAAGACAAACUCCAAAUGGACGGUUUCAAAUUCAGUGAGGAGCAGAAGAAAAAAUUCCGCGAUGAUCCAGAAGCUUUCUUCAAAUUCCGCAUGGAGAUUGAAGAAGGUGGUAAUGAGAUUCAUGCAUUGACGAUGAUGGGGACGGAGAUGCAAAAGGGAGCGCAGAAAGACUUUGAGGAGAACAUGAAAAAGAGAUUAGUCAAGAAGCCGGAAAUAUAUGAUGCGUUGAAACCGAGUUUUGCACCUGGGUGUAGGCGGUUGACGCCUGGACCUGGGUUCUUGGAGGCUCUGGUCGAGGAUAAUGUGGACUUCGUCCGUACGCCUAUCACAAGGAUUGAGCCCAAAGGAGUGGUCACGGAAGAUGGGAAAUUGCAUGAGAUUGACGUUUUGGUCUGCGCUACUGGGUUCCACACUGGUGCACCUCCUCCUUUCCCAGUCACCGGUGUUGAUGGCAUCGCAUUGCCGGAUCAUUGGAACCAAAGGGCGACGUCCUAUCUCUCGAUCGCAACCGACAAGUUCCCAAACAUGUUCAUGAUGCUGGGGCCAAACUCUGCCAUUGGAUCUGGAUCCCUGACCAUGAUGAUCGAGAGUGUAGGCGAUUACGUGGUCAAAUGCAUCCGCAAACUUCAAAAGGAAAACAUCAGAUCCAUGACCGUCAGAGCCGACCGCGUACGAGACUUCCUGAAGUAUUCAGAUGCAUACUUCAAGAACACGGUCUUCAUGGACGACUGUAAGAGUUGGUAUCGUAAAGGUGAUACGGUGACAGGAUUGUGGCCAGGGUCGACAUUGCAUUGCAUAGAGGCCUUGAGAAGUCCACGAUGGGAAGAUUUCGAUUGCGAGUAUGAAGAAGAGAACCAGAUGGCGUGGUUGGGCAACGGGUGGAGCAUCAAUCAGCUCGAAGGAAGGGAUCUUGCGUUCUACCUGCUGCCACGGUUCCAGUCGGCACCGAUGUCGCCGUUACCCGAAGAGAAUGCCGAGUACAAGAUACGCGCGUUCUCGCAAUGA